UUUCUCUCUCUUAAAACUAAAUUACCUUUUUAUCGGCGACUGCUAUCGUUAAUCUCUCGUUUUUCCACUUUGUUCCAGGCAAUCCCCGUAACAAAUGCUCCCUUCAACCUGGACAUUCCCUCAUGGACUGGAUCCGCCUCGGGGCCUCCGGAAAGGACCUCACCGGUCUGGGAGCCAGAGCCGGUUAUCUCUCGGUGACCAAGCAGGAGUUAGCGAAACAUAAUAAAAUAGACGACAUUUGGUUGGCCAUUCGGGGUAGAGUUUACAACGUGACUGCUUAUGUACCAUUCCAUCCAGGAGGCCCUGACGAAUUAAUGAGGGCUGCAGGAAUAGAUGCGACUAGUCUCUUUGAUCAGAUCCAUCCAUGGGUCAACUAUGAACAAAUUCUUCAAAAAUGUAUAAUAGGUAAACUAGUAGCAAUUGACCCACAGAUAGACACUGAGAAACUAUUUUUCGGCAAAGCAAUCGACAACAACAUCACCGCCGAAGAGCAACUGCAAGAAACGGACAGCACCAAAGUAGAAUAUAGACCAGACACAGCACCCGUUCCACAACAGAGCUCUAAGGAAGAGGAGCCACUGAAAGUACAAGACGUAGAAGACGAGGAGGUUGAGAAGGCGUCCGUGUCGACACCUGAACCCCCGCGGUUCGACUGGAUACAGAAACUAGAUUAUAUUACUAUUAUAUUUUAUACUGGUACAUAUUCUAAUCCAUCCUUGGAUGUGCACUUUACAAAAGAUGAUAAAGAACUAGAUAUAUGUAUUACUUAUAAUAAUACUAUUCAUAGGAAUCAACUGGUGUUUCGAGAAGAAGUCGAAUGGCCUUCUAACAUAAAAAUCACAUGGGAAACGGGUAAAAUUGAAUUGACGUUCAAGAAGAAAGCAAGAGGUGUAUGGGACAACUACGGAACAUUGAACCAAUCAACCGAGAAUCUACUAUCAGGGACGAUUAGCGAGAGAAAUAAUUUUAUAGUUAAAGAAAAAGUCCAAGUUACUCAUAAUAUUUUUCUUAUGCGGUUCGCAAGGGUCGAUGGUUGUAGAAGCGUGGUGCCAAUUGGGAAGCAUAUUAGGGUUUUUAUUAAUGUAGAUGGUAUAGAAUCGUCAAGAAGUUACACACCCGUCCCGUUGAGUCUCUUCAACUCGCUGAACUUAAACGACGAUACUACUGACGAAAUCUGCCUUAUGAUCAAGAGAUACGAGAACGGAGCCGUCAGCAAAUCGAUAACAGACAGAGAAGUCAACGACAUUUUGUCUAUGACCAGACCUUUGGGUGAUUUCGAUCUUAGAAGACUGGAGAAGAAGGUGGCGUUUUUGAUUCUUGCCGCUGGGACUGGCAUUACGCCAAUGCUGCCAUUGAUGCUGUUCUUGUUGGAGAGGAGAGUGAAGAAAUGUCAGUUCGUGAGGUUUCUUUUCUUCAAUAGAACAGAGGAAGAUAUUCCAUUUAGGAGUCAACUUGCUGCAUUACAAGAAAUGGAUAGUCGUCUAACCAUAAAUCACGUACUUUCCGAGCCAUCAGCCUCCUGGACAGGAUUGUCAGGUCACGUGAACAACGAAAUGAUCAACAACGCCAUCCAGGAGCACAUCAAAGACACCGGUUAUACGAUAAGCGACAUCUUCGCCUUCAUCUGCGGACCAAACCAGUUCUUGGAACUGUCCCUUGAUCGACUACGUAGUUUAGAUAUAACCGACGAACAAAUACACACGUUCAGCGGAUAG